AUGAGACAACUUAUAAUUCAAAUUGUGUGCAUGGCUGGGGUUAUUCUGUGUGCUGCUCACUCUCCUCUGAGUGAAGACACACUGAAAAAUCUGUCUGCAGCCGGGGAGCAGUAUGUUGAUGAAGAGAUAAAACAGACCAUGCUAGGAGUGAAGCAGAUGAAGGAAAUAAUGGAGAAGAGAGAAGAGAAGCACAAACACCUGAUGGAUGCCUUGAGACACAGCAGAGACAAGAAAAGGGGGGCGAUGCAACUAACCAAAGAAUCAGAGCAGAAACUCGAGGAGGCUGAGCAGCAGUGUCAAGAUUUAGCUAGAUCUUCCUUAAGAGAGUGUCGGCCAUGUCUGGAAGAUACUUGUAAGGCCUUCUAUACGUCUACAUGUCGCCGUGGAUUUUCCUCUUUCUCAUUUAAGGUUGAGGAGUUUUUCAGGAAAAUGGCCGCCCAGUUGGAUGCCACGGAGCAUGUUUUCAGCCAAAACCAGAAUUCAGAUAGAACCACCUCAGCUGAAAACCAGGUUGCAGAAGAUAACACAGAUCUGGAGCUGCUGCAGGCUGAAUCAUCGUUCAGCCAGCUGCUGUCAAACAUCAGCCUCUUGUACAAUCACAGCAUCAUUCUGGUCAGAAGGAUGCAACAAGUGUAUGAUCACUCCUUCCUCCCAUCCUUCAUAUCAGAGCUCCAGCCAAGCUCUCACUCAGCCAUGCAGGGUGAAUUGAGAGCUGGAUUCUUUAAGACUCUGGGUUUUGGUCACAUCUUUCAUUCAGCUUAUGACUUUGGGAAGGGUAUGCUGGAGGAAUUCAGCUCCACGGUGGCUGAUGUAUUCGGAGAGACUCAAGAAGCAGAGGAGAAUUUUCAACAAUCAAGCAGAGAUGCAAGCUCACUCACUGCCUAUGGACAGCCUCAGAGCGAAUAUCUGUGCCGACGCCUCCGCAGACAAACAUCAGAGUGCUGGCAGCUCAAAGAUGUGUGUGAGACAUGCAAAGGUUUUGUAAUAAAAGAGUGUCCCCAUCUGCAGCAGUUACAGUCCGAGAUGGAUGAGAUGCACACGCUGCUCAAUGCCUCCAGUCAGCAGUACAACCAGAGACUGCAGCUGGUCCAGAGACACACAGCAGACACUCAGAGAUGGCUCAGCAAUGUGCAGGACAAGUAUGGCUGGGUCAGCCAGCAGGCCAACAUCACCAUGGACACAAAUAAUAUCUUCAGUGUGAUCACAGUGAAUCUGCAGCAACAAAUGAAGAAUCACAAACUUAUAGAGGAGCACAGAGUGGUUGUCUCUAUAUUGGGCUCAGCCCCUAUAACCAUACCGGUCCCAAAAGAUCUGGUAGUGGAGGAUCCUGCUUUCAUUCAGUAUGUUGCUCAGGAAGCAUUGACGCUCUAUAAACAGCAAAUAAAAGGAAUGAAGUGACUGUCCUCUCAUCCAGUCAAGUUCCUCAUCAGUUCAAUGAAGUCCAAUGUUCUUGCACAAUUAUAAGCUUGUAAAACUUGAAAAUGCACUGCGUAGACCUCUAAAC